AACCCGCACGUGUGAAGUCCAGCCAUUCAAUUCUUCUCGUCGGGUUACCUACCAUUCUUCAAUUCAUCUUCGAUAGCCACCAUUCGAAGGAAGGUCUGAAAAGAAAGUUUCGAAACAGUGCAAGGUGUUGAUUGUUAGUUAUGGCAUCAAAAAGCUCCCCAGAAGGAGAACAUUGUCUCUCGUUUGCAAAGAUCGCUGCUAUGGCCCCAUUCUCAAGAUUUCAAGUUAACGUAACAUCUAACGAAAAGAAUGGUUCACAGUCUCCUGAAGAGCCUCUACCCUCAGACUCACAAGGGUCGAAAGGGGUCCUGUCGAGCCAAGUGUUCCCAAAUAAGGACGAUGAGGUCAGCGCCAUCGAUAGAAGUCUCGAUAGCCUCUCGCGCACCGUACAAGAUGUUCAUAUCACAGAGAAGAAGGGUCAAGAGAGCCUCGACUUUCCCGCUGAAGUCCAAGAAAACGGGUCUCUGAAACGGGAAACUUCAUUCGAAGAUGAUCGUACGCAUCUGUCGAACUCGUCAACUAAACCGACAAGUUUCGACUCAAAGAGUAUGGCCUCGGUCACUACAUUCGCAAUGGACGAGAAAGACUCCUUGCGACCUGAUGACAGCGCCAGUGUCCAAGCUAUUGAUGAAGAGGAAUCCCUCUCUGGAAUAGCAUCUGGUGCACCGAACUCGCUGACUGGGUCUGAGUCAGGUGCUCGCGGGUUCAGAGAUAUACAGAGAGCUCGUGCAGUACUGCACUCCACAGGCCCUAUCUUCACUGAUGGUAGUCAGCGGCCAAAUGGUGCUAUAAUGCCGGACUCCAUGUCCAAUAAUUUCGUCAUCACCAACCAAGAAGCUUUUCGAAGUGGACAGCCCAUAUCCAUGCACCCAUUCCCUUUGGAACCGGACGAGAAACUCAUUGAGGCAAUGAAGUCCCCGAAAGAUCGUCUUUUGAUAUUGCAACUAGAGGAGAAAGUCAGACAUUUCAUUCAGCAUUCUAAGGAGCAAUCCCUAGAAUUACCACCUUCCAAUGCCUUCGGGCGACUGCUUGCCCAUAAAUUGGGCGAUUAUUACCAUCUAACUCAUUUCGUGGACAACAAUGUCACGUCAGUUCGACUUCAUCGGACCCCCUUUACUCGGCUGCCUACGCCCCUCUCUACCAUACACUCCGCGACAAACAACACCCCCCCGCCCCCUGCUAUGCCUGCCAUGAAAAUCAUGCGCCGUACUGAUAGUGAACGACCUUCUACCGAAGGAAGCGCGGCGGCGAGCUCCACUUUUGCUUCAAAAUCCGGAUCAGAAGCUGGCGACAGUGCAAACGAUGGCGAGCGUGGCGGCUCUUCAGCGGGAGCUACUCCGGCUAAGGACCGGUUGACACUCACUAGGGAGGAACGGGAGGCCAAGUAUCAAGAAGCUCGUGAACGGAUUUUCCGUGAUUUUCCAGAGGCAAAGUCGUCAGAAAGCACAAAUGGUGACCAAGGUACCGACAUGUCUCGCUCAAGCUCAACCAAUGGACGCAAAAAAGCACAGAGGCAAAAGACACCACACGAUGACAGCUUCGAGGUCAGGUCUCAGUUCAAUGUUUAUUAUCCUGGAAUGCAUUAUUCACAAGGCCCCGGGUCCUACACUGCGGCCAUGAACGACUCUUCGCUCCCUAGUCAGCCUUGUAUGGUGGGACCUGGUGUGAACCCUCCAGGCAUGGGUUAUACACAAAAUGGUCAAAACGGGGCCAUGUACCCUAGUCACGUCAACUUAGGCUCCAUGCCUCAUUAUUCAAUGCCUGUAUCUCCUCAAAUGACCCCGAGUGGCCCGUGGCAGAACGCAAUGGCACCUCAACAAUCUCCCUAUUCUGGAUAUGUCUCUAUCAACCAAUCACCGGCAAUGACGUCCACGAAAUCUUCCCCUGCUUUGAAUAGUUAUCCUGUGCCCAAUGCUGUACCGUUUCAGCACACGCCUCCAGGGUGGUCCUCCCCAUCAUUUCACGGGGGCUACCAACAAUCCGCGCAUAGGAAUCAACCCCCAAUGCCCUGGUCAAACUAUCCGUCUCAGCCGGUCAACCCUACAUCAUAUCCAUAUGCUCAAUAUCCCGGGCAACCUAUGAGUACAGGCAAUGUGGCUGUUCAUCCUUUGGCUGGGAACUUCAAUCGAUCCCCAUUCAACCCCCAGACACGCUCAUUUGUACCAGGCGGUACAUCCCUGGCACGGCAUCCAAGCAAGAGUGGGGGCCAUGGUAUGAAAUCAUACCCUACCAUGCAAGCUAGUGUUCAGCCCCAGUGGGCUGGGUAUCAAGAAACCAACAAGAAUCUUGAAGCAGCAGUGGCCGUGGCAACCAACGCUCCUCGUGGGCCAUCUGUGGGUGGUAGGGACUCUAUCGCAAAAUGGGGGACGCCGUCCCAUCUUCCACCCAAACCACCGCCGUCCGAAGUUCUUUCCGACUUUGAUUUGAAACAUCGAACUGGAGCCGCCACUACUCACCUUUACCCGGGAAACCCCCAUCCGAACAACAAGAGCGGUCCGCUCGUCGUUUCAGGGGGAGCGAGGGCUAACUAAACGAUCUGUUUUAUGGCUCUUGAUCAUGUACAGUUUUUCUGGCGUAUUUUACAGGCACACAGUUGAUGGGAAUCGGCGCGCGAACUCAAAGAUAGUGUUAUUGUUGGUUCGUGACUAUAUCUGGCAGAUAAAGUGUGCAAGCAAGACUAGUAGGAGGGUGCUGCUAUAUGCUGU